CUUUGAUGUUUAUUAUUUCCACAGUUUGACUUAACAUGUGGAAAAGCUUGGCUUCGUCCUCUUGCUGGUUCAAUAUACAUGACUGGAAUGUUAGUGGGAGCCAUUGUUAUUGGUGAUUUAGCUGAUCGCUUCGGAAGAAAAAAGGGAAUCUUGAUGUCAGCACUUAUACAGGCUGUUGGUGGAGUUAUAAGCGCAUUGUCCCCUGAUUACUACAUCUUCCUGUUGAUGAAGUUCUUUAUCGGUGCUGGAAGCAGUGGCCUCAUUCUGGUCAUAUAUGUCUUGGCUGUAGAGUUUAUUGGCGUUAAAUGGCGCACAUUUUGUGGGAUUAUCAUUCAAAUAUCAUUUGCACUUGGUGAAGCUAUGACUGGAGUGUUGGCUGUCUUCAUCAGGGACUGGCGUUGGCUGCAAGUUGCUGUCACUGCUCCUGCUCUUCUGCUUAUAUCUUUUAAUUGGUUGGAUAGGAUUGACGAUUAA